AUGCAAAAACAAAGCCGAACGAGACGGACGUGUGUAACGGUCGAUGCGAGCGAGCGUAAUUCGUGAUUCCCUAAUUCUCCGGCCUGUGUUUUUGUGUGCAUUUUUUCGCGUUGUUUCUUUUGCUCGUUGCAAAUAAAAUAAAUAAUAAUUCUGAACGCGUCCCCGUCGCGACUAUAUUAUCAUACACGAUAUAUUCGGUUUCGGUUGCAACAACAAACAAUAAAUAUUGCAAAUUUUUCGUUCAGCGGCGAAAGCAACGCGUGCAGUUGGAAAACAAUUUGCGUGUGUGUGCGUGUGUAUGUGGGGACGGUUGCCUCAGUCAUAUUUGGGGGUCCAUGCAAAUCAAAACAUGGCGGUACAACAACAACGGCUGACAGCAAUAACGAUAUCAGCGAGAACGACAUCAAAUUUAACGCAGCACAACAACAGGCACGUUGACAACAACAAGCUGAAGGAUACGCAGCAGCAGCAUAAGCAACAGCACAGUGUGCCACAGACAACAAUUACGACAUGCAGAGCGACGCGACACAAGUAAUUGAAUGAGAGUCGAGCGCAGAAGCAGAAUCAGAAUCAGAAUUCAGAAUCAGAACGACAAAGUCGAAAAGGAAAUUGAAAAAGGAACGCAAAGAAAAUAACUGUAGUUGCAGCAAUAGCGAAACUCUUACGAAACGUGAAUAACGAAAUUUGCACAAAAAAAAAAGGCAAAAAGAAAACAAUUUUUGGGGAGAAAGAACAGCGACAAGACGGAAAAAUUAAUUUAAAUAAAUAAAAUAAAAAUUAAAAAAACAAAAAACAAAAUAAAAGCAAGCUGCGCGCCUGCGCAACAGGAACAAAAUAUUUAGAAAGUUAAUAAGCUAAAAAAAAAAAAAAUAAUACGACAACAAAAUUUGAAGAGUGCAAAAAUCGACGUAUUUUAUUUUAUUUUAUUUUAUGUGCUAAGUGUUGUGCAGUGACAACAAGAAUAACAAACAACAAAUUGAUUAACAUAUAAAACAAUAACAAAAUUAAAUUUAAUGAAACAAUCACAAAAUGGAGCAAAUCACGCAAUAUUUUGAGCACAUGGAUUACGUGUCCUUUGGCGUUAUAGCGCUUCCCUGCGUUAUUAUCGCCGUAUACGGAUUCCUGCAAGUUGCCAGCGGACUUGCCAAAGGCAAAAAUGACAAAAUGCAGCGCUACAACAACAAUGGCAACAACAACACCAACAGCGGUGGCAAGCGUUGCACACAGAAAUAUGCCAAUGGCAACAUAGCAGCUGGCACAACAGCUGGCAAUGCCACAGCAGCAACAGCUGCAACAUCAGCAGCAGCAGCAACAAUUGCCAACAGUUAUCAACAGACUAACAGCAACAACAACAACAGUGGCAGCAAGAGCAACAAUGCAACACGCAAGGCUCGCUACAACAACCACAACAACAACAACAACAAGCGGCAUGAAGCUGGAAAUGCCGCCUACAACUUGCAACAGAAGCGAUCGAAUGUUGUCGCUGCCGGCGCCGAUGCACAGUCCUGGCAUCGCUUCGUAACUUCUUCAUGCAUCGAAGAGAAAUUUCUGGGGCAGCACAAUCCGGGGCAUCGGAAUAGCACCAGCAGCGAGGCGACCAGCGAGGACAUCAACUCGAGUGACGAGCACUCGGGCAAGUCGAAGUCGAAUCGCUCAGGCUCAGGCGGUGCUAACGGAGGAAGUGGAAGUGGCAACAAUGCAGCUGCUGGCGGUGGCAGCAACAACAGCGGUGGCAAGUCGCGCUCGAAGCGACAGCAGAAGGCGCAGUCAGCGUUGAAGCAGUCGCUGAACAGGACACCAGCCAUGGUGCCGGGGCAAGUACAGGGGCAGCAGUCACAGGUGCAGCAGCAGCCACUGGAGCAGCAGGCGACAGCCAAGGUGAGUGGAGGCAAGUGCAGCAGCAGCAGCAGCAAGCAGGGCAAGUGGCGCAACAGCGCCAGCUGCAACAGUGGCGCCAAUCAAAAGCGUGGCAGCAGCAGCAGCAGUGGAAGCAACAACAAGUCGAAGCAAACGAAAUGCCAAAGCGGCGGCGGCAACGGCAAAUCAGCUGGCAAUAGCAGCAGCAACAACCACCACAGCGGCAGCAACCACAACAGCAACAACCACCACCACCACAGCAGCAACAGCAAUGUGAACAGCUUGACCAAAUCGAGUGGCAACUACAGCAGCAGCGGUGGCAGCAACUCCUCAUCGGCGCUCAGUUCGCCGGGAAGUUCACCCAACAGCAGCAGCAGCAGCAGCAGCGGCAACAGCAGCAGCCACAGCUUGAACAGCACAGCAGCAACCAGCAGCUGGUCGCGCAACCAACACAAGAUUUACAGACAGAAUGCGAACUUCUUGGUGCCACCAUUGAGACAAUACGAACACAUCGAACUCGAUGAUGCGGCGCUGCAACAGCAACUGCAACGCUAUCUCAUUGAACCGCAUCUGUUGCGCGUUUACGGCUUUCCCGUCGAGAGCGUUGUGCACGAGGGCGCCAUCGAGAUCUUCAAGUGUUUGCCGCACAUGAGUUUCGCUGCAGCGCAUUGCAUGGCCGUCACCGAAACGGUGAUGACCGUGAUCAAUUGCCACGACGGUCUCAACACCAACAACUUUGAGGAGGAGCCAACGAGCAGCAGCAGCCUCAGCAGCGGCAGCGGCAACGAGGCAAGUACAUCCACCGAUUCGGGCAACAUUUCGCCGCGUUCCCUUGACUCGGAAUCGGCCGGGGAAUGGAGCGGCAGUGAAUGCGAAUCAUCGAACGAACUCUAUUGCAACUACGAUGCAGCACCCGAAGAGGAACGCAGUUUGGCCAAGCAAUGUGUGCGCUGCAAACAGGAUUUCCUCGUCGAUGAGCUGAGCGGACAGUAUUUGACCCGUGACGAGUGCAGCUAUCAUUGGGGCAAGUAUCAUCGGUGCUACGACGGCAGCGCCUGGGUCAGUCGCUGGACCUGUUGCAGUUCGAGUGAUGAGAGCGACAUCGGUUGCACUCGGCAUGAGUUGCACGUGUGGACCGGAUCGGUGGUCGGUGUGAAUGGUCCGUAUCGGGACUUUGUCCACACACGACCCCGAGCCAACGGCAACGCUAAUGGCAACGGACAGACGCAAACGCGAGCUGUCUAUGCGCUCGACUGUGAGAUGAGCUACACGGGUCGCGGUCUCGAUGUGACCAAGGUGUCGCUGGUUGCUCUCAAUGGGCAGCUGGUGUACGAGCAUUAUGUGCGACCCGAUGCGGACAUUGUCGAUUACAACACACGCUAUUCGGGUGUGACGGCCAAGGAUCUCAAGUCGUGCGGCGUCAAGACGCUCGCCGAAGUGCAACGCGAUCUGCUCGAGCUGAUCGAUGCGGACACCAUACUGAUUGGCCAUGGGCUCGACAAUGAUUUGCGCGCCCUGCGUCUGGUGCACAACACACUGAUCGACACAUCGAUCGCUUUCCCCCAUUCCAGCGGCUUUCCGUAUCGUCGUGCGCUCCGGCAUCUGACCAAAACGCAUUUGAAUCGCGAGAUUCAGAGCGGCGACGGCGCCACCGGACACAGCAGCUUCGAGGAUUCGCGCGCCUGCAUGGAGCUGAUGCUGUGGCGUGUACGCUGCGAACUCGACUCCGAUGGCAGCUGGGAGGAUUAGGCAGGAGCAGCUGAAACGGAGCCGAAGCCGGGGAAAUUGAGGAUGUGCUGAUGGGUGGGUAAAAAUGGGGUCAAUGGGGGAGAGGGGAUGAAUAUAUAUAUAUAUAUAUAUAUAUAUAUGUGUGUAUAUGGGGGACAUCCUUGGCAUCAGCAGCGCAGAUAGGAACGGGGUGAGGGAGGGGACGGGGAGAGGGAGAGGGAGGCCAGCAAAGUACUUGUGUAGUCUGUAAGCCGUUUCGCAUAGUAUGUAUGUAGUUUUUAGAUUCGUUUCGAGAUCGCGUCUCCUUCACAAAACAACAACAACAAGAGUGUCGAAAUCCAGAAGAAAAGAAGAGAAAAACCGAAACCAAAACCGUAAGGAGAGAGCAAGAAAAGAAACGCCCAAAAACAGAAAUGACAAAAUGAUGUUGCUUAUCGAUAAAAAAAAAGAAGAACAGAAAAAGAAAGAAAACAAAGGAAAAGAAAAAGAAAAACGCGACAA